AUGAAACAUUUUGGAGUGACUCAGUUACAUAAAAAUCUGGAUUCGGAAGGUUUAUACAAGUUUGUCAACUAUGCAGGAUUUGACAGUGAUAAUUUUGAUGGUUUUGGUAUCAAACCGCCAUCGGAAGAAUGGCUUAAAAUGAUGCAAAAAAUGAGUGGUGGAGAUGCCGUCGAAGUUUUCCAAGGUGGGUAUCGCGAGAUUGGAACUGCAGAUGGACAGCGAUGGGCCCCGGCUCUUGCAAAGAGUGACAACUCGGUGUUUUUGAUCUCAAAUUACAAGGUUGAAGGUGAAUCGGAUCCAAGGAGGAAGGACUUUGAAGAUGACUGGAUGAAAGCAUCUGGAGCCCAGUUCAUAAUUGAUAAUGCGCCAAAGUCUCUAGGCCUAGGAAGUAUCGGGAUUUACCGGCGCUUUACUUUGCGCAAAAAUUUCUCGUACGUCCUGCGGGCCGAACUUACAGCUACGGGUUCAGAUCUCACUGAAGCGUGGGACUUUGUUGGAAAAGUUCGUGCUCAAAGUAGUCCUGACUUAAUCACAGAAGUGAAUACAUCUCUUUAUAAGAUCAUGCCAGAAACUAUUCUGUUCAGAUGUGUAUAA